UAUGUUGUUGCUAGGUUGUUAGCUAGAGAUUUAUCCAACUAAUCGUUUUGCCAUUUUUUCUCUUGAAAUCACAAAGCCCUGCAAACACCGUAAUAGCGAAAGAACGACGCAUGUAUGCAAGGGUGCAUUUGCAUUUUAAACAACCAAACAGCUUUGCUUUAUGCUCGGGUUAAGCAAACAGCGUCGGACUCAACGACCAACAUAGAGGCGCAAAGUCGACGUCUGCUAACUUAGCAUCUUCGUAAAGCAGCCGGCAUGUCAACAGUUUGCCGCAGGGUUUCUUACUGCAGGGAUUUAGUUUGUGGGGCAUUUCGUGGACUUUAACCUUGUCCUUAUUGUCAAUGUUAAGUCAGCUAAUGCAGCAUUACUUCAGAAACGUGAGGCUCUAGAGACACGGGGCGAACAAGAUGGCAAAAUGAAACUGCAGAGAUCAACGACAGGAAGAUGUGGGUAAUUUACCACACAUAGCUACAACAUGGAGGGACAUAACCUGGUGACUGUAAUGCCUUGCACACCCCCACUCUUAUGACACCAACAGGGAGAUAUGGGCUUCCUCAGACUGGUGGUCAGAAUCAUGGGUAGGAUCAGUACUUUCCGGUCCUAUCAGUUUGUGCUUCUGCUCGCUGCUGCGCUUGCUGUUGCAGCUUUUUACUACUUCGGCUCAGAGAGGCAGAACUUCUCCAGCACCACAAAGAGGAUCAAGCAGACCCAGUCCACACACAACACCAACAGAAAUGAUGCAGAUUUAACUGUGGACACCAGGCUCUCACCCAAAGAUGUAUCUGAGGAGCAGGGAGAGGAACAGCAAGAUGUGGGAGGAGUGAGCGAAGAAUUUAGGCCUGGGAAGGGAGAGAUUGGUGGCUCUGGUGACCAACACUACCACGCACUCAUGAUGUUCACCAAGGUGGACAAAAGUCGGAGUCUGCAGGACAAGUUCAGAGUGGCAAUGUUGUCUAUGGUGAAGCACGGAGAGUUCAUGGAAGGAGAAGUGUUGGUCCUUCAUUUUGUGAGCGAUCCAGCCAGCAAAGAACUGGGAGAGAAGAUGCUGCAGGAAUUUCUCCUUGAUGCAACGUUUAAGUACGAGACCCUCACAUCGUCGGUGUACGACGGUCGGGAGCAUGGCCUCUUCGUGGAGAAGCUGGACGUGCGGAUCAGGAACCACGACCGGGAGAUCGAGAAGAUGUGCAACCAUCACUUCCAGGGCUUCGUGGACUCCAUCACUGAGCUGCUGAAAGUGAGGGGGGAGGCGCAGAAACUCAAGGCUCUAAACAUGCUUUAUAGUCUGACGCGCAUAGUGCAGCUUGACCUGGAUCUGAAAUACAGGACCAACAUCAGGGACCUUUUUAAAGAAUUUGACCGGUUUCCUCCAGGAGCGGUGAUAGGCAUCACCAGAGAGAUGCAGCCCGUCUACAGGUGA